AUGGCUUUUCUAGAAAUGACUAAGAAAAUGAAAGAUGCGACGUAUUUAAGGUGUUUACCACCGGCGAAUGAAGACCGAGAAGAUGGUGAAGGAGAAGAGAAAGAGUUGUCUUGGUCGUCGAGCUCUGAAAUUGGAGAUGCGUUGAAUUGGUUGGACUCAAAAGACGAUGAGGAAGCUGUAGAUGGAAUCAUUGCUCUCAACUCCAGACGUGCAAAUGCUCAUGGUGGCGUACACUCUCGUCCUAAUUCCUCCACUCUGCAACCUCUUUCCAAUCGCAACCAGAAGUUCUCUCAUCACAUUCGUGCUUCGCCUUUGGAUGUGUCAUGGGACGGGAGGUUGAACUUUGGCAUGUCUAAUUCUGUGACAACUGCAAUUCGUGAAAGUGUUCGAGACAUGGCCAUUGGGAAAACUAGAACUACUGGGAAAGCAGAUCGUGCAACAGUGGAGCAGGCCAUUGAUCCUAGAACUCCCAUGGUUCUGUUCAAAAUGCUGAAUGGGGGUGUAUUUCAUGACAUUAAUGGCUGCAUUUCGACUGGAAAAGAGGCAAACGUGUACCAUGCAACAAAAUCUGAUGGUCAGGAACUUGCUAUCAAAGUGUACAAAACUUCAUUUUUGGUUUUUAAGGACCGAGAUAGGUAUGUACAAGGUGACUAUCAUUUUAGAUGUGGAUACUGUAAGCAGAAUCCCAGGAAAAUGUUAAUGACAUGGGCUGAAAAGGAAAUAAGGAAGCUUAUGAGGUUAAAGGCAGCUGGAAUUAGGUGUCCAACUCCUUAUCUUUUGAGACUUCAUGUUCUGGUCAUGGAAUUCAUAGGAAAGGCUGGUUGGGCUGCACCUCGCUUUAAGGAUGCUGCCUUAUCUUUGGUUAAGUUACGUGAAGGUCAUGUGGAGGUCUGUCUAGACAUUUUUAGUAAUUCAUUUAUUUUUCCUUUGGGAUUUAUAAUUUGGGUUGAUCAGGCUGGAGGGUUUAACAGGGGAUUUCUAUUGGAAAUGAUAUGUUACGAUUUUUUGGUCUUAGAUUGUAUUCAUGCUCCUGUAAGUUUUUCUCAAGGACAUAUGGUUGUGAUUAUGUUUUUACAUUUUGCUUUUAGAAAUGAGUUGAUCAAUCAUGGGUGGAAUGUAGGAUUUUUUUUCAAGAAACGUAAUAUAGCUGUCUUGACAAUUCGAGAACUAUUUGACUUCAUAGUUGAUCCAACCAUUUCUGAUGCUUCUAUUGAUAGUUACUCGGAAGAGGUUUGCAAUCUUGCUUGUGCUUCAGAGUUCGCUACGUUAUUUAAUGAGAUCUCUCUUUUGAAUUAUGGUAUAAAGAAUGAGUUUUUGUUUCUCUCCAUGAUUUAAGUAAAAGUUAACUUGAAGGUGCACGAGUGUAUUGUAUAAUACAUUCUAAAACCAGUCACUGCAGAAGCCAUUGGCAAGGUUUUGUUUUCACCGCCUCUUGUUUCAACGUCUGUUCAGUUUUUCACUAGUUGCUUUUCUAACUUUUCCACUAGUUUCUUUUCCAACUAUUCAUUUUGCGGCCUCAUUGAUUACCUCGAGCGAUCAAAAUCCUCACCUUUGGAGAGAGUGAGUUU